AUGCGGUUUGCCAUACUCGUAGCUUUACUCGGGCUUGCUGCCGCCACCGUUCAUCAGCAUCCUUUGAUGUGGAGAAAAUCGAGAAAGAUUCAAAUGAUCGAACGAGGAGAGUAUGCCGCCUAUGUGGAGUACCGCAAUGCUCUCCGUGCAACGACGAAUCUAGCUAGUCUUGGACAAGCGGUAUCCGACUAUGGAGACUACGAAUACGUUGGUAACAUUACCAUUGGAACACCCAAUCAGGAGUUUGUCGUCGUGCUCGACACUGGAUCAGCUAACCUCUGGGUACCAGAUACCUCUUGCGACUCCUCCUGCAACAAAAAGCACAAGUUCGUUUCAACAUCAUCGAGCAGCUUCGUGAAAAGUACAAAGACAUGGACCAUCCAGUAUGGCUCUGGGGAUGCCAAAGGUGUGCUUGGCACUGACACUGUCAAGUUCGGCGGAUCCAGCGAACAACAGCUGGUCGUGCCCUCAACCACGUUUGGUCUAGCCACUCACAUUUCGGCUGAUUUCAAGAAUGACCCAACUGAUGGUAUCCUAGGACUCGCCUUCACAUCACUUGCAGUCGACAAUGUUGUACCCCCGCUUAUUAAUGCCAUCAAUCAGAAUCUGCUUGACCAGCCACUAUUCACCGUUUGGAUGGAACACCGUGGAAAGCUCGAAGGAGCGCCAGGAGGUGCCUUCACUUACGGAGCUAUCGACACAACCAAUUGCGGGCCAGUCAUCGCCUACCAGCCGCUCUCUUCUGCCACUUACUUUCAAUUCAAGAUGUCCGCCAUUGGGAUGGGAUCUUACAAAACGAACACAGUUUAUGAGGUGAUCUCAGACACUGGUACUUCUUUCAUCGGUGGACCUAAGGCAGUGACUGAUCAGCUUGCCAGUGCUGCUGGAGCCAAGUACAGCGCCAUAGAGGAAUCUUACACUAUCGCAUGCAAUGCCAAACCGUCUACUCUCGAUAUAACCAUCGGCAGUAAUGUAUACUCCAUUGACCCUGUCAAUUAUAUCGUCAGCGCUGGUACCAACAAAUGCCUUUUCGCGAUCUUCCCCUUCGAAUUCGGCGGAUUUGGUCCAUCAUGGAUUCUUGGCGACCCCUUCAUCCGUCAGUUCUGCAACAUCUACGACAUUGGACAAAAGCGGAUGGGAUUUGCACCUUCACUUCAGAAGUAG